GCUGUCCCGUCGGGGACCCCGACGGUGUGCUGCGCUUCCCCUCGCUGCGCCCCCACCUGUGGAAGGUCGCCCCACAAAAGGCACCAUGCCCCAGAACGUGGUCCUCCCGGGCCCUGCGCCCUGGGGCUUCAGACUCUCGGGGGGCAUAGACUUCAACCAGCCUUUGGUCAUCACCAGGAUUACUCCCGGAAGCAAGGCGGCAGCUGCCAACCUGUGUCCUGGAGACGUGAUCCUGGCGAUUGAUGGCUUUGGCACAGAGUCCAUGACGCAUGCUGACGCACAGGACAGAAUUAAGGCAGCAGCCCAUCAGCUGUGUCUCAAAAUUGACAGGGCAGAAACACGCUUAUGGUCUCCACAGGUAUCAGAAGAUGGAAAAGCUCAUCCUUUCAAAAUCAACUUAGAAGCAGAACCACAGGACAUGAACUACUUUGAACACAAGCACAAUAUUCGGCCCAAACCUUUCAUAAUCCCAGGCCGUAGCAGUGGAUGCAGUACUCCUUCCGGUAUUGAUGGUGGCAGUGGACGUAGCACCCCUUCUUCUGUCAGUACCCUAAGUUCUAUUUGCCCUGGUGACUUGAAAGUUGCUGCUAAGAUGGCCCCUAACAUUCCCUUGGAAAUGGACCUUCCUGGUGUGAAGAUUGUUCAUGCUCAGUUUAAUACACCUAUGCAGUUGUACUCAGAUGACAAUAUUAUGGAAACCCUUCAGGGUCAGGUCUCCACAGCUCUAGGGGAAACACCUUCAAUGAGGUAAUAUGACUCUUUUGGAACCCUGGGCAUAUUAACUAAACUCGUGGGUGAUAUCAUCUUUAAUGGUGUCUGGUUACAUUGUUUUAAUAGAGAGAAAGAUACGUGGGAAAACUUUAAAGAAAUGCUACUAAGAAAUUAUUGUAAACAUCUAGAAUUGAGAGUAAAGAUGAUUUGAGGAAUC